GUCCCAUCGCCCCCCGCGCGCGGCCGGAAGCGGCGCGAUGGCGGCCCGAGCCCGGCCCGGUGCGGCCGUGGCCCCGGCCCCGGUUCCCCGCGGCCCUGCGGGCUGAGGCCGCGCCCGCCCGGUACCCUCUCCCGGUGCGCCCCCCGGUCCUGCCGCCGCCAUGGCGCUCAUCGAGGGCGUCGGCGAUGAGGUGACGGUGCUGUUCGUGCUGCUGCUGGCGGCCGCCGUGCUGGGGCUCGCCUGGGCCUCCACGCGCGCCCCCGAGCCCGCGGCGCCGCCGACUGAGGCGGCCCCGAGCGCGGCCCCCGCCGAGCGCAAGGCCCCGAACCCGGCCCCGGGCCCGGCCGAGGCAGCGGCCGCCUCCGAUGAGACGGCGGGGCUGCGGCACCGGAAUCCUCCCGCGGCCACCGCCGAGGACCCCGCCGAGCCCACGCUGGUGCUGCGGCUCAAGUUCCUGAACGACACGGAGCGCCUGGCGCGGGUGCGCCCCGGGGACACCGUCGGUGCUCUCAAGAGGACUUACUUCCCCGGGCAGGAGCAGCAGGUGCGCUUGAUCUACCAGGGGCAGCUGCUGCGUGACGACACCCAGAGCCUGGCAGGGCUGCACCUGGGCCACCUGAGCGUGCUGCACUGCCACCUGUCCCCGCCCAGUGCGACCCCCACAGCCCCCGGCACCCCCGGUCCCCGCAGCCCUGCGCCCGCCGCGCUGGGCGUGGGCAGCCUGGCGCUGCCGCUCUUCGUGCUGCUGCUGGCCCUGCUCUGGUACCUGCAGCUGCAGCACCGCCACGUCUUCACCGCCACUGCCACCACCUGCCUGGCCGGCCUCACCCUGCUCGUCACCUUCGUGGCCUUCGCCAUGUACCGCAGAUAGCGCGGCCGGACCAGCGCCUGGGACACGGGGCACCUCGAGCCACACCUGGGACACGCAGAGCCUGCCCAGCCCACCGGGGACGUGGAGGGCUCUGCAUUCAGCCCACUCAGCGUACAGCGGGCAGUGGGGCCUGCCCAGUGCACCUGAAGCGAGGGCCCUGCUCUGUGUCCCCCACGGGCACAGGAGCCCCGAGCGGCGCCCGCCCACGCCCUGUCUGCACACAGGGGCUGUUGCAGGGCUGGGGCUCAGCUACCUCGGGGGAUCCCGGUGCCCCUGUCCCUGCAUGGAGCGUUCCCCCAGCCACUCCGCGUGCAGAAGCUCCUCGGGUGCGCUCCUGCCCAGGGAGGUGUCCGUGCCUGCGGGGCUUCUCCCCCUGGGAUACGUCCUGGCGCCUCCCGGGGCGCUGCUCCGAGGCUCCCUGUGCCGGGGGAGGAUUUGUGCCCCCAGGCGGUCCCGGUGUCGGGGGUGACUGCACUACCCGCUGUCCCGGAGGUUCCGAUGCUGUGCUGGGGGGUGCUCUCCCCCCACCGCCGUUCCGAUUAAAGCGGAAAGACUGUGACCGGC